AUGUUUUCUACGGGGGCAUCGACCCUCCCAACAGACACCAUUGGGUUACUGGUGGGCGAUCCUACUGUUACCCCGACCCCGACCCCGGCGCCGUUAACAGAUGAAACUGCCGCCACCUCGCCGUCCACUCCUCAGAAUAAUAACUCAUCAGUGAAUGAAACGGAUCAGUUUUCUCCAACUUUUACGACUCCAGGAGAAGCAACAAGUGUGUUGCCGACAACGAAAGAGGAAGUGAACGACACGAGGGCGCCUGGCGAGCUGCCAGGAGGUGGUGGUGGUGGUGAUGAUGUCGUGACGACUGUUGCCAUGACAACAGCCGGCACCUCGCUAGGACCAGGUUAUGUGAUCCUGGUGUUGAUCAUCCUGGUGAUCAUCGUUCUGUGUGUCAUCCUCUACUUCCUCCGGAGAGUCUCCAGGACGUACUCAUUCGACCUCCAUCGCCAAGUUCCCGCAAACCAUCUAAACGAACCCAUCGGCACCUUUGAACCGGUCUACCUGGACGACCUAGAACGACCAGCUUCUAAAGACCAAGUGACCACCGACGACCUUUCACCUCCUCCCAUAUCCAACGGCACAACGACACAGGAACCGGAGGAGCAGGGCUCCCAUGGAGACGGUGCUCCACAGGACCAGCAGGACGCCAACGGUCUGGAGACCUCGCCACCCGGUAACGCCAGCCCCUCGCUGGGCGCCGCCCCCGCCGACAAGACGUCCAGCCCUCUGAGCAGCACCAGCCUGUUCUUCGAUGCUAUCGGGGAAGAGCAGCAGAACGAAAACAACAACAACCCUUCGGUUUGCUCCAGUGACCCGUUCGUAGAAAUUAACCUCGAUGAGCCGGCGUGGUGCGCUCAGCUCCUCACUUCUCCUGAAGCUCCUUCUUCUGUCCUCCCCUUCUCUCCUUUCUCCUUCUCCUCAUCCUCCUCUUCUUCUCCUUAGCCCCAGAUCUGUUGUGGAAAAACACAUUUUUUUUAUAUUUUUGUCUUUUCUUUACAUCCUGCUCAACCAUAGGCAGUGAAAAGUGUCUAAAUUUCAACCAACAAGCUGUAAACAUGAAGAGCUAGCUUCAAAAUGUUGUUGUGUUGUGUUUAGAUAAUUAUUUAGCAAACUGAACAGUCUGAUGAAGUGUGUUUUUUUUAUUCAAAUUUUAGCUAGCUAAGCUAACUAGCUAGCAGGUGAUUCAGCGAUUUUUUUGAUGUUCUCUGGCCUUUUGGAUCAUAUUAGUUUUGAAAAAGUUACCUCAAAUAAUGCAUUUCUGAUCACUUCAUCUGUACAUGGAUAACAGAAACAUUUUUUUUCAUCCUGCUCAAUUCAAGCCAUGAAUGUUUACCUGUGAAAAGUGUCUAAAUUUCAACAGACAAGCUGUAAAUAUAAAGAGCAAGCUUUAGAAUGUUGUUGUGGUGUGUUAAGAUGCAUUUAUCAGUCUGCUAAAGUUGUUUUUAUUAUCCAAAUUAAUGUUAUUUCCUCACAGUACCUUUCUUGUCCUCAGCUCAUUCAAACUACAGUUAGUCCAGAUAACCAUUAGCUAACUAGUUAGCGGGCGACUUCGCAAUUUUUGGAUGAUUCUCGGACACUGACACCUUUUUGAUCAUACUAUUUUUGAAAAGUUACCUAAAGUAUAUGUAUUUCUGAUUACAUCAUUUGAAAAUAACUUGUUAAACCUGUGAAAACUGUAUUUAACAUGGAUAACAAAAACCUUUUUGUAUUUUCAUCCUUUCUUUUCAUCCUGCUCAACUACAGUCAGGAAUAUUUGCCUGUUAAAAGUGUCUAAAUUUCAACCAACAAGCUGUAAACAUGAAGAGCUAGCUUUAAAAUGUUGUUGUGGUGUGUUAAGAUGCAUUUAGCAAACUGAACAGUCUGAUAAAGUUGUUUUUUAUCCAAAUGAAUGUUAUUUUGCCACAGUGUCUUUCUUGUCUUCAGCUCAGUCAAAUGACCGUUAGCCCAGGUUACCGUUAGCUAGCUAAGAUAACUAGCUAGUUGCGACGAAGCAUUUUUGGACACUGAUGCCUUUUCGGUCAUAUUAUUUUGGAGAAAUUGCCUCAGAUUUUUUAUUUCUGAUAACUUCACCUGUGAACAACUAGUUAAACCUAUAAAAAAUAUUUGCCUGUUAAAAGUGUCUAAAUUUCAACCAACAAGCUGUAAACAUGAAGAGCUAGCUUUAAAAUGUUGUUGUGGUGUGUUAAGAUGCAUUUAGCAAACUGAACAGUCUGAUAAAGUCGUUUUUUAUCCAAAUGAAUGUUAUUUUGCCACAGUGUCUUUCUUGUCUUCAGCUCAGUCAAAUAACCGUUAGCCAAGGUUACC